GGUCUAGAAACGCCGAUGCGGGUGGCUUCGCGAAAUUUUUGCGUCUGGCUAUUCGAGGAUCGGGUGAUCAUGGAUGUUGAUUCCAGCAACGCUGCUCGAUCCUUCCUCGGCUUGCCGGCACCACAACCUUUCUGUGCUUCCGCUCCACUUAAGGAAGGUUUCUCCAUUUCUGUUGUUGUCUGGACGUGCCGCGCUUGUCACCUCGGACAUGACAUUCCCUCAGCUCGUCUAGUUACGUCCUUUCGUCCUCAGAUUCUGCCCCCACAUCUGCUUCCUGAGAUUUCAAUGAUGCAAGUUGUUGCCGUUCACAGGAGCGAGACAGUCAUGAAGAUGUCCAACUUGAAGCUCGUUGUGCUGUUUCUGGCGCUGGGUCUGACCACGGUGAUCGCGGCGCCGCGGGGUUGGGGUGAUGCUCAUAUCACGUACUAUGGCUCUCCCAACGGCGCUGGAACGGAGGGCGGCGCCUGCGGGUACCAGAAUACCUACAAGCUGGGGUAUGGGUCAAUGACUGCCGCGUUGAGCUCUCGUCUAUUCCAGGGCGGGAAGGCGUGCGGCGGAUGUUACCAGCUGAGGUGCGCACCAAAUCGUGGCAGGAACUGGUGCUGGAGUUACGCCAGGGCCAUUGUGGUGACUGCCACCAACCUGUGCCCGCAGGGUUCGCAUGGUGGGUGGUGCGAUUAUCCCAAGUCGCACUUCGACUUGCCGAUGCCCGCUUUCACUAGCCUUGCGCGGCGCGAAGGAGGUGUUGCCCCAGUGUGGUACAGGAAGGUCCGGUGUGCGAAGCGCGGUGGGGUGCGGUUCACCAUUGGAGGCAACCCAUGGUUCUUGAUGGUGCUGAUUCACAACGUGGGCGGAGCAGGGGAUGUGGUGUCGGUGAAGGUCAAGUGCCCAUACACGGGAUGGGUAUCAGCGUACCGGAACUGGGGAUGCCUGUGGACGGUGAGGACGAAGAUGACGGGACCGCUGUCUUUCACGUUGGUGACGAGCGAUGGGCGAACGCUGUACUCGAUGAAUGCAGUACGGAACGGAUGGAAAUUUGGGCAGACGUGGGAGGGCAGCCAGUUCAGAUGAUGAGAAGUGGAGAGGAAGAGGGGAGGCCCGUGUACUUUAGGUAGAAGUCAGUUGUGUUUGGGGAUGGCGUCGCGCCUGUGCAUGAAAGGCAGGCCGUCUAUCGAUGAGAAGGUAGCUGCAGUUGUUGGUCUUCUGUAGCGGAAGCCGCUGGCUUGUGUCCUGAGCUUUUGUGAAAGCCGGUCACUGUAAUUCUGUGCUUCUUGUAAUCGUCCUUAGAUUUUAGCUGAGGUGUUUAGCAUUUUUCCUCCCGAACUAUUUAAUACACCUGGAAAUAGUGAAGUCGGUUCAAGUUGAUUUAUGUACGGCAUUAGGCACCAUGUUUUCCUCUUGCUUAUCUCUUACGUUCUCUCUUGUGAGACUCAUUGCCAGACCGUGACAAACUACUUGUGAAUUUUAUUGAAUUUUGUGCUUGCGAUUCGAAGGUU